GGGGUGAUUUUUGGGAAUUUCUCCCCGCAGACAUCCAGUUCUGGAACAGCCGGCAGUCCCUGGAAGGGCUCUCCGUUCGCUCCGUGUUUUUCGGGGUUUUUCAGUCUCUCGUGGUGCUGCUCUACAUUUUGGACAACGAGACCAACUUCGUGGUGCAGCUCAGCGUCUUCAUCGGGCUCCUCAUCGACCUCUGGAAAAUCACCAAAGUCAUGGACGUGCGGCUGGACCGAGAGCACAAAGUGGCCGGGAUGUUCCCCCGUGUGAGCUUCAAGGAUAAAUCCACCUACGUGGAAUCGUCCACCAAAAUUUACGAUGAUAUGGCAUUCCGGUACCUGUCGUGGCUGCUGUUCCCUCUGCUGGGUUGUUACGCYGUGUACAGCCUGCUCUACCUGGAGCACAAGGGUUGGUACUCGUGGGUGCUCAGCAUGCUCUACGGCUUCCUGCUGACCUUUGGUGAGUGAAAAAUCCCAA